UCUCGCUGACUCACUUACUCAGCAACCGUACAUGCUACAGCAGGGCAGAGAAACUGCAGCAUUUGAAUUUCACACUGUGGAGAUAGCUUAAAGAAUACAAACAUUUAGGGAUUUUCUUUGUUUUUCUCUUUUGUUUGGCCUUCCACAGACCCUCCAUCGUUGAGGCAGUCGUGAUGGCUUCCUGCACGGUGUCUAUCCUCUUCCUGUUCCCUCUAAUCGCCGCCAUGUCAGCAGAAGAACCACCAGGCUGCAAGAUCCGGAUCACCAACAGGGGGCUCGAAAUGUUGAAGUAUGAGACCCAGAAGUUUGUGGUUGAGGAACUGAGCAACAUCACCAUGCCAGAGAUGAAGGGCAAAGAGGGCCACUUCCAGUACACCAUCAAAGAGGUGAAGAUAAAUGAGCUGAACCUGACCUACGCUGACCUGGCCUUCCAGCCUGGCCUAGGACUGCUCUUCGCGGUGCAGAACUCUUCCAUCGCUCUCAGCUUCCAGAGACACAUCUUAUAUUGGUUCUUCUAUGACUCCGGAACCAUCAACGCCUCUGCAGAAGGCGUGAACAUCCUCACUGUCCUGCACAUGACCAGAGAUGAGUUGGGGCGCCUCAAGAUCUCCAACAUCACCUGCGAUGCCUCCAUUGCCAAAAUGAAAAUGAAGUUCACUGGCACCUUGGGGAGGGUGUAUGACUUCCUGGCGACAUUCUUGACCACAGGAAUGCGCUUCCUUCUGAACCAACAGAUCUGCCCUGUCAUGAACCACGCUGGUUUGGUUCUAAUCAACUCUUUGUUGGAGACAAUUCCAGUGCGAACAGAAGUGGACAAGUAUGUGGGGAUCGACUACUCUCUCCUAAGUGACCCAGUGGUGACUUCAAGGAGUCUUGACAUGGAUUUCAGGGGCAUGUUCUUUGAGCUCGGAAACGAGAGCAACACCUUGGUCAACUAUGCCAUCAACCCAAUUGUGAGAGAGUACGACCGCAUGGUGUACCUGGCUCUGUCCGAGUACUUCUUUGACAGUGGGUUGUACUCCUAUUAUAAAGCUGGCAUAUUACAAAUUAAUAUCGCCAACGAGCAUAUGCCAAAGGAUCUGGAGAUGCUCCUCAGGACGACCUAUUUUGGCACCAUUAUGAUGAUUAACCCAGCCCUAGUGGAGUACCCCAUCUCCCUGCAACUGGAGUUGAACUCUGCCCCCAAGACAACCAUCAAGACCUCCGGGGCCACCGUGGCCAUCACCGCCAUCGUCACGGUGAUGGUGCUACCUCCCGACAAGGCGCCUGUUCAGCUCAGCAGCAUGACCAUGGAGGCCAAAUUCAAUGCCAAGGUGUCCAUGAAGGGCAAGAGACUGGCUGUUCAAGCAGACUUGAGGAGGUUGAAAAUCUACUCCAACCAGUCUGCUUUGGAAUCACUGGCGCUUAUUCCCCUACAAGGCCCCCUCAAGACUAUGCUGCAGAUAUCAAUAGUACCUAUCAUCAAUAACUGGACCAAGAGAGGCGUCGCUAUCCCUCUUGCAGAUGGUAUGGACUUCAUAGCGGAAGUGGUGGAGUAUCAUAACGGUUACCUCAUCAUUGGGGCAAACCUACAUUUCAGCAAGGGCCUGAGGGAGGUGAUUGAGAGGAAGAUCCAGGCUGAUGCCGAGAACGCCAUCUAAAAGAGAAUUCUCCACCAGCAAUAACCAAGGAUAGAUAUCUUCGAUACAAACACACAGCCAAUCCGGUGUCUCUAUGUCUUCAAGGCACAUUCCUUAUCUACAACAUGUAGCAGGCUCUACCUUAACGAAUUCACCAAAUCAUGCAGAUUCAAAAUCUUUUAAGGAUCCAAGAUAAUACACUAGGCUGCAACGUUCCAAUUUCUAUGAGAGCGAAUUGGACAAUACAAAUCAUGCUUAUGUAUAAAGAUCACCGUAAUAGUACCACAACUUUAGUAUUUUUUUCCCCAUUUAUUGCUAUUUUGAAAAGUGCUUUAAAGAUACUUUUAUACUGCUGCCUAUUUUUAUAGUGUAUAGAGAUAAUCAACAAAAUUCUUGCCUCAGAAGGGCGCAUCCUGUAUUUGUGAGGGCACUACUCAAAACACUACCUGACCCAUGGUCAUGUCAAUGCCCAUGUUAAUGUCAUGAGAAUUAAUUGUGUGCUCUUCACCAUCCUCUUAAAAAUGACAAUGCUUAACUGUAUAAUAUAUGCUAAACUUAACUCAUUUCACGUGUUUCUACAAACAAAAAUGCCUUCUUUACUUUACCAUUAGUCAAAUGAGAGCUAGCUGGUGAGAAAUAAAAUGUACUGUAUGAGAUAUGAAAUGUUUAAUGAAUGUUAACUGAAAACCUAAAAACCUUACUUUUGUAAUAUGGCUUCAUACCUGCAAAGAGUUUUCAAUGAUCAAAAGGCUUUCCUUACAUGUGUAACUAAGGCAUAACUGAACAACAUUCAGUAUGACAAAAUGUUUAAUAAAUCAGUAUUUUUUUUGUUGUAAAAAGACAAAAACAACUACA